CCGUGUAUCUCACUGGAGAAAAAGACGGAGUUUACAUCGGCGAACAGACCGCGGCGUCAGCUUUCUUCAUCGUUCCGAGGGGCAUGGAAGGGAUCGUUACAUAUGUCAAAGAGAGAUACAACAACACGCCCAUGUUCAUUACUGAGAAUGGGUAUGCGCAACCUGCAAGUGCGGUCAACGAUUCGCUGAACGACACGACAAGAAUAGAGUACCACGAGAAGUAUCUCGCUGUCUUAAGUGAAGUUGUGAGAAAAGGAGCAGAUGUGAGGGGAUACUUCAUAUGGUCUCUGCUGGACAACUUCGAAUGGCUACACGGGUAUUUAAUACGAUUUGGGCUGCAUUAUGUGGACUUCCAAACACAGCAGAGGACACCCAAAUGGUCAGCGACUUGGUACAAGGAGUUCCUCUCUGGAGACAACAAAAUUCGAGCGAAUGGGAAAACAUCCACCUACAAAAUGUAGCAUCGGGGGUGUCUAAAACUGUUAGAGAUAUAUCAUAUCUUUCAACGAUGUCUAACAAAAAAUAUCUAUCGUGGAAUUUUUUAGUUUCCAGGCAGUAUUUGAAACAGUUAAUUGCAGAUGCUUUAAAACACAAUGGGUCAUUUAC